AUUGUUUUACAGAGCUGUCACAGCUGCUGCAGUCAAACCAUGGCCACACAACAGACCCUUCUGAUUAUUGGAAUAUUUGUUUUGGUAGGAUUUGAUGGAUGUUUCUCUGUUAUUCCUGAGGAGGAGCAGAACCCAGACUUUUGGUAUGUUAAGGGUAAAGAGGCUCUUCAUACAUCCCUCUCCAUGAAGCCCAACCUGCACCGUGCUAAAAAUCUCAUUCUCUUCCUCGGAGAUGGCAUGGGAAUCAGUACUGUGACCGCAGCCAGAAUUAUGAAGGGACAGAUGGAAGGGAAGACUGGAGAGGAGAGCGUCCUAGCCAUGGAUACAUUCCCUUAUCUCGCUCUCUCCAAGACUUACAACGUCGAUCAGCAGAUGCCUGACAGCGCAGCAACAGCCACUGCAUAUCUCUGCGGUGUGAAGUCAAACUAUGGGACUCUGGGUCUCAGUGCAGCUGCACGCCGCAAAGACUGCAGCUCCGCUAAAGGCAAUGAGGUCAAAUCAAUUCUGCAUCAGGCAAAGAUGGCAGGGAAGUCUGUUGGCAUAGUGAGCACGGCACGUGUCCAGCAUGCAUCACCUGCCGCCAGUUACUCCCACACCCCUGAAAGAGGCUGGUACAGUGAUAAAGAGCUGACCUCUGAAGCCAUCGCAGGUGGAUGCAAGGACAUCGCAUACCAACUCGUCCACAACACUGAUAUUAAUGUAAUUUUAGGUGGCGGAAGGCAGUACAUGUUUCCCAAGGAAACGGCUGAUCCUGAAUACCCUACAGUUACAGGGAGCCGAAAGGACAAAACAAACCUAGUUGAUGUUUGGUUAAAAGAAAGAAAUAGAGCCAAAUAUGUGUGGAAUAAAAAAGAUUUUGAUGACGUCAAAGAGGACAAUACUGAUUACUUGAUGGGGCUUUUUGAGCCAAAGGACACCAGGUACGAGCUGGAACGCAAUCCUUCAAUGGACCCAUCGUUGACUGAGAUGGUGGAAAAAGCCAUCAAGAUUCUUCGCAGAAACCCGAAGGGAUUCUACCUCUUUGUGGAAGGUGGGAGAAUAGAUCACGGCCAUCAUGCAGGGCAGGCCAAGUACGCUUUGACGGAGGCUGUGGAGUUCGACAGGGCCAUUGCGCGGGCGGCUGAGCUGACGAGUGAACUCGACACCUUGUCCGUGGUCACUGCUGACCAUUCCCAUGUGUUUUCCUUCGGUGGCUACUCUUACAGGGGCAAUCCUGUGCUAGGCGUUUCUUAUUCAAAAGCUGAGGAUGGCAAGAGAUUUACUAAUGCACUUUACGGGAACGGUCCAGGAUACCAGAUUGUGAGUGAAACUCGUCCUGACAUGAAUGAAACAAUCUCAAGCAGUGAUGAAUAUCUUCAGCAGGCUGCUGUGCCUCUAGAUUCAGAAACUCAUGGCUCUGAGGAUGUUGCUAUUUUUGCCAAAGGCCCGAUGGCGCACCUCUUCCACGGCGUCCAGGAGCAGAGCUACAUUCCUCAUGCUAUGGCUUACGCUGCUUGUCUUGAGCCCUACACCGACUGCUAUGUAGAACAUACACAAAACUAUGGCGUCUGCACUAAGUUCAGCCUCGUGGUUCUGAUGCUGAGCUUGCUCUCCUCACUAGCCACACUAAUGCAAUGUGACUAAAGCUUUUUAUGUAUAUUUAAAUCACAAUACAUUUGCAGGUUUUUCACAUUCAACUGCAACAUUUAGACAACUGAGGGGCAAGUUGCAUAAGUUCUGCACUGGAUCUGUGUUUGCUAUGAAUGUUGGUUGAGAUAUGAUCUAGAUCCUCUGUGAGGAGAUGGAUAAGUGUUGGACAAAUGUUGAUUAAUGUAUCCCAAUAAAAUCUGCCAAAUCCUAGAAAUGUAUUCAUGACAGAAUCCAAAGAAUCCACAAAAAAGCAUUGCUUUAAUGGACAAAUGGCCUUCUGGCAUUGAAAUUCCUGUUAUAGGCUUAUCUUGAACUACAUACUUACAUUAGGCACAUUUAUGUAACAUGCAUGGAUUUAUGUAACAUUCAUCCAGACAUCAAGUUCUGCUGGAUUUCUAAUGAAAGCCAAUUGGAAUUCUUGACACCUGAGAAGAUCCGGUUUUUGCCUCACUAGAUAGAAACAGAUGAUUGCAAUAUUGAGCAAUAAGUCUUAGGGAUACAUUUACACAACAACAAAAGCAUUUGCGCUAGUUGAGCUUCGCUUACAGACAGCAAAACAUAAAAAUGAUGCCCAUUCAUUCUGGGAAAAGUGACUGCAAAAGCUGUAUUAUUCAUGCCAGGCCAGUAGGUGGCAGUCACUUAAAAUAAUAAUAAUAACUGACCCUUCAAAUAUUAGAUAUUAACUAUUAAGUUAACUGACAAAAGUUGUUAUCAGGCAAUGACACACCUAGUUAGUAAAGCUAGUUAAUGUUUUUACUAUUCGUAAACCUAUCUUUUAUGAAUAGCAAAAAAAAGUGCAAUGAGGAAAAACAAGUAAAUAAACAACAAUAAUGAAUUCUAUUUGCAAUUUGGAAAGUUCCUAAAUUCAAUUACACGUCUAACAAUAUUCUUCUUGGUUUCAUGAAUAGCUCAAGGUGGCCUCCUGCAAUAUUUGGUGUACCAUCCCUGUAAUUAUGACUUCUCAGCUUAAUUUAAAAAUUAUGUUCUUUUGCAGCACAAAUGCAAAUAUUUACCGUUGUUCGUGAAUUUUUGCAGCCGAAAUCCAGUCUGGAGCUUCCUCAUGGAGAUACUGCAAAUUCAUUCUUUGCCACGAGGUGCCUCUUUUGAAGAUAAAAAUAGCGGUUUUCCUGAUAACGCUGUACACAAAGCAUCACUGCGCUCACAAACGCUGCUUUUGUCUGGUAUUACACAGGCAAGAUGAAAUGGAAAAUGAGACCA